GCCAUCUUCUUGUAGCAAGAAAUGUGUGUGUGCUGCAGUGAAUUUAAAAAAUAAUUUGUUUUGUAGCAUGGGCAAACGUGUAGUGCAGUGAUUUAUAUAUUUCACGUGUUCUAGUAGUUAUCGUGAUAUAGCCAUGUGCUUAUUAUUUCUCGUUGAUUAUAAAAACAAACAGCAUUGUUAACCUGUUUAUCACAGUUCACGGAUGUCCUUGUGCAUUUUGCAAGUGCCGGAGUGGCGGUAAAUUUGACUUUUCUGAUGUCGUAGUUUUUAUUAGUAUUUACUCGGAUAUUCCACUCGUUAUGGGUAGUCCUGAAGAAAGUGUGCUCGUUUGUGAGGGCAAUAGUGAAAAUGACAAUGUAGAACAGGAAACAGCUGGUGAUGUUUCCGAUAAUGAAGGUACAGAAUCAUCUCUGAACGUAACUGCGGAUCAAUCUGCUUGUGAAACGAACACUUCUAAAGAAGGAGACGCUUCCAGUGUCGCGAGUUCCAAGAAGGCUAAAAAGAAAUCCCGCCACAGUCAUGGCAAGAAGUGUCAGGGAUCUUCCAAAGAGAGUACCGACAGAAGCACCGUGCGCAGGGUGCAUUACACAACUGCUAAAUUUAAACAAGGCAGAAAACGAGCUCAAAGCUUCCCUUCCAUUUCCAAGUUUUUUCUUCCACACAAAAGGCCUCGCAAGGAAGCCUUUAUUCCUCCGACUAAAUUUCUCUUAGGGGGUAAUAUAUCUGAUCCUUUGAAUUUGAACAGUCUUCAAGAUGAAGAUAUCAAUAGGGCAAUGAAUGCUGUGACUCCAGAGUCAUCUCCUUUGCCAACACCACCAAGACACAAGGCUAAAAUUGAUGUAAUAAUUCCGCCCAACAUCAGAGACCCAUUGAAUUUAAUGGAGCCUUUGGACAAUGAGGAGUAUGAGAAAAGGCUUGAGAUGCAACAACGCAAGCCACGCAAGAAGCCAAGGGUCCGGCGUCGCACGACAGACAACACGUCGCCUUUGUCUGAAGGUCCUCCGGAGAAGGAUGAGGGUAUUAAGGAGCCACUUCCUCCAGAGCCAUCGACAUCAAAGUCACGAAAGCGGUCAUGUAGUGAUAGUGACAAUACUUCACAAAAAGGGAAGGACAACAAGAAGUUACGCCGCAUGGAUUCAUUAGAUAAGAUAGUGAGUCCAGUUGUUCCGCAGCCGGGAGCAUGGAUGCGUGCUCGCCCGCAAACGCGGACCGCGCCUCCGGAGCGCCCUGCCUCGCCACAUCGCGCCAAAAGCAAGACUGAAGGAGAACAGAAGUUGCCAACAUUUCAUCCAAAAAAUUCAAGAUAUCAGUAUGGAAACUAUGAUAGGUAUUAUGGCUACCGCAACCUCAAUGCAACAAUGGAUGUCCGCCUGCAAGUGUUUGAGAUGCAUCGGCAUCUUUUCCAGCAUAAAGAUGUUCUGGACAUUGGUUGCAACGUAGGACACAUUUCUAUUGCUGUGGCUCGGUCAUUUGGUGCUCGCUCUGUUGUGGGCAUUGACAUUGAUCCUGUUUUGAUAGGUCGCGCCAGGAAAAAUCUGCAUUCUUUCAUACCGGUUCCAAUUGAACAGCCUAAGGCUGAAGAUGAAAAGAAGGCUGAUGUAGAAGGAGAUAAGAAGGAUUGUGAUAAGUGUAAGGAGGAGAAAUUCGAUGAUUGUGGAGUCGACCAUAAGCAUGAAGGGGAGAAGUCCUCAGUGGAUGACUCCAAGAGGGCCCUACCUGGAAGGAAACUACGGAGACCAAGGAAGAAUAGGAAGGCAGUACACAAGGACGGCCAGUGCUUUUUCCCAAUGUCCAUGAAGAUGCUGUACGGGCCUUUGGUUGAUCCAUCAGCAGAAGCAUCACCAGCCGUGUUCCCUUAUAAUGUUACUUUUAAGCAGGGCAAUUACGUGCCGCGCGAAGAGGUUGCUGUGGGGUCGGCGGAGAGCCCUCAGUUCGACCUGAUCCUGUGCUUGUCAACUACCAAGUGGUUGCAUCUCAAUUGGGGCGACGCGGGGCUGAAACGCGCUUUCCGUCGUAUGUUCAACGAUCUGCGCCCAGGAGGCAAGCUCGUGCUUGAAGCUCAGAACUGGGCUAGUUAUAAGAAGAAGAAGCGGCUAACGCCCACCAUUUACGAGAACUUCAACUCUAUAGAGUUGUUCCCGAACAAGUUCCGGGACUAUUUGCUGUCGCCCGAAGUAGGGUUCAGCAAGUGUUGCAUCUUGGGCGUCCCGCAGCACGCGAGCAAGGGAUUCCGGCGGCCCAUACAACUCUAUAUCAAAGGAGACUUCACACCGAGCAAGGCGCGCUGGUCGGACGCGCAUGCGCCGUCGUCGCACCAUCGGCCGGAAGCGGAGCCGCCGCGUCGCACCGUGUACGCGCCGGUCGCGCCGGCGUACCGCCCCAGUGACGACGCUCCGUCUUGCGGCGCGGCCACCCCGUACUCGCCGAACUUGGAUUGCUGCGCGGAUGAUUCUCCGUUCUACAACCCGCGGAGCGACUCGUACGCGCCGUCGUACCAGCCGCCGCGGCCCACGGUGUACGCCACGCUGCCGUCCCCGCUGGGCAGCGCGUCCCCGGCCGCGUCGCCGGCCGCGUCGCCCGCGCCGCACGCCUCGCCCGCCCCGGACCCGAUGUCAGCGCGCGGCUUCCUCGAGCCCCGUCUCCACGACGACUGAGUGCCGCCAAGCGGCUCUUCCGCCUUCUCAUUUUUUAUGUAAAUAUCGGUUUAGAACCUGUAGAAUUAUGUUUUAAGCUGAAAGUAUUUUAUAUUAUACUCCUAACGUAUUAAUUUA